AAUUGCCUCUAUGGUCCUCUGGUACGAAAUAUUACCAUACGUUUGUCAUAAAUAAGAUAGCCAGCUUUGAGUCAUAAUCUAGUUCUUUCCUUCUAUCUUUUUGGCCUAAGAUCUUCUGCUGAUUCCAUGAUCAACAUAGCCAAAGAGAGAUGGCGUUUUGCUUAUACAGCAAUUUAUUCUAGGCGAGUCAUGCUUGCCUUGGCCAAAGAAGUCAUGUCUAAGAGAAAUACAAACACCCAUCAUUACUCUGAGCUCUUCCAAGCCCGAUCUUCAAAUUACAGCAGUACUCUAGAAAUAAUCGAGCCCAUGAUUCCGCAACAUGGAACCAAUCGUUAUUCUUUGGUUCCUGAUGUUGACAAGGUCCGGAUUACCAGUAUGGUCAAGGACAAAAACUUGUCAGCCUUUACAGAGUUUGGAGGAGUUGAAGGUGUUACAAACAUUCUUGGAACCAUUCCAGCAAAGGGAAUCACUGGCAGCCAUGAUGAUGUUGCCAAACGUAUUCAAGUAUUCGGUUCCAACACUUACCAGAGGCCCCCGCCUAAGUCUUUAAUGAGUUUUGUGCUGGAAGCUUUCAAUGACACUACUAUCAUUAUCCUUCUUGUUUGCGCCGGUCUUUCCCUUGGUUUUGGCAUAAAAGAACAUGGCCCGGGGGAAGGCUGGUAUGAAGGAGGGAGUAUAUUUGUAGCAGUGUUUCUGGUGGUGGUUGUUACCGCACUCAGCAACAUCAGACAAGAGAGACAGUUUGACAAAUUGUCAAAGAUAAGCAACGACAUCAAAGUAGAAGUAGUGAGAAAUGGAAGGCGACAACAGAUAUCCAUCUUUGAUGUUGUAGUGGGAGAUAUUGCAUUCCUUAUGAUUGGUGAUCAGAUUCCAGCUGAUGGAUUGUUCUUGAGUGGCCAUUCUUUGCUAGUGGAUGAAUCCAGUAUGACAGGUGAGAGCGAUCAUGUAGAAAUUGAGUCUUCAAGAAGCCCUUUCUUGUUGUCUGGUGCAAAAGUGGUCGAUGGAUAUGCUCAGAUGCUAGUGACAUCUGUGGGAACCAACACAGCAUGGGGUGAAAUGAUGAGCUCGAUAUCGCGAGACACCAACGAAAGGACACCAUUACAGGCUCGCCUUGACAAGUUAGCCUCUUCUGUUGGAAGGGUAGGCCUCAGAGUCGCUUUUCUUGUUUUCAGAGUCUUGUUAUUUCGUUAUUUCACUGGAAACACACAAGAUAAUGAAGGGAAUACAGAGUUCCAGGGGAGUAAAACUGAUAUAAACGACAUUUUCAAUGCGGUUGUGAGGAUUAUCGCUGCUGCAGUGACAAUUGUGGUGGUGGUAAUCCCAGUGGGUCUGCCGUUGGUCGUCACUCUCACUCUUGCUUACUCCAUGAAAAGAAUGAUGGCAAACCAUGCAAUGGUGAGGAAACUUUCUGCUUGCGAAACCAUGGGAUCGGCUACAGUUAUUUGCACGGAUAAAACUGGUACCUUAACCUUGAAUCAAAUGAGAGUCACCAAGUUUUGGCUUGGCCUGCAAAAUGUCGAGGAAAAGUUUUCCAAUGCAAUGGCCCCUAAAGUUCUUGAAUUAUUCCAGCAAGGAGUUGGCCUCAACACAACUGGAAGUAUCUAUAAAUCUUCAUCAAUAUCUGAACCUGAAAUUUCUGGUAGCCCAACAGAGAAAGCUAUACUCUUGUGGGCCGUGUCAGAUUUAGGCAUGGACAUGGAUGAACUGAAGCGCACACACGAAGUUCUCCAUGUUGAAACGUUUAACUCUGAAAAGAAACGAAGUGGCGUCGCAAUAAGGAAGGAGACUAACAACACAGUUCACGUUCACUGGAAAGGUGCUGCAGAGAUUAUACUUGCAAUGUGUUCAAACUAUAUUGACAAUAACGGCAUAGAGAAGUCCCUUGAUGAAGAGCGGAGCAAACUUGAAAAUAUAAUUGAAGGCAUGGCUGCUAGCAGCCUUAGAUGUAUUGCUUUUGCUCACAAGCAGAUUUCAGAAGAUAUUGAUUAUAAUGAUAAGGAGAAAGCACACCAAAUCCUUAGAAAAGAUGGCUUGACCUUGCUAGGUAUUGUUGGCCUCAAGGAUCCAUGCCGACCCGACGCCAAGGAGGCUGUCGAAAUGUGUAAACAUGGAGGAGUUAGUGUGAAGAUGAUCACAGGUGAUAACAUAUUCACAGCAAAAGCAAUAGCAACAGAAUGCGGAAUAUUAGACUUUGAUGGCCAUGUGAGUGCGGGAGAAGUGGUGGAGGGUGUGGAAUUCAGGAAUUAUUCUGAAGAAGAGAGAAUGGAGAGAGUAGAGAAGAUCCGCGUGAUGGCAAGAUCAUCCCCUUUGGACAAACAUUUGAUGGUGCAGUGCUUGAAAAAGAAAGGUCAUGUUGUUGCAGUCACAGGAGAUGGCACAAAUGACGCACCUGCUUUGAAAGAAGCUGACAUUGGACUUUCUAUGGGGAUCCAAGGAACUGAAGUUGCCAAGGAGAAUUCUGACAUUGUCAUCUUAGAUGACAACUUCAGUUCUGUUGCCACUGUUUUAAGGUGGGAAAGAUGCGUUUACAACAACAUCCAAAAGUUCAUACAGUUUCAACUAACAGUAAAUGUCACAGCUCUGGUGAUAAAUUUUUUUGCAGCCGUUACUUCGAGAGAUGUUCCCCUGACAACAGGUCAACUUUUAUGGGUAAAUCUGAUUUUGAGUACGCUAGGAGCGUUGGCACUGGCAACAGAAAGACCUACAAAGGAGUUAAUGGAGAAAAAGCCAGUGGGUAGGACUGAGCCUCUUAUUACUAAUAUUAUGUGGAGAAACCUUUUAGCUCAAGCUUUAUAUCAGAUUGUUGUCAUCCUGGUUUUACAAUUCAACGGAGAGUCAAUCUUUAAUGUUAGAGAGGAGGUAAAGGGUAGUCUAAUUUUUAAUAGUUUUGUUCUCUGCCAAGUAUUCAACGAGUUCAACUCUAGAAAUAUGGAGAAACUAAAUGUAUUCCGAGGCCUUCACAGAAACCAUUUGUUUCUUGGAAUUGUGGGGAUUACCCUUGUUCUUCAAGUUGUGAUGGUGGAACUUUUAAGGAAGUUUGCUGAUACAGAGAGAUUAACAUGGGAGCAAUGGGGAAUUUGUAUUGGAAUUGCAGCUGUGUCAUGGCCAAUUGCUUGGAUUACAAAGCUCAUACCAGUUUCAGAUAAACCCUUCAACCACGUUAAGUGUGUAAAAUUAUUGGUCUCCUAGUCACUCGCUUGAGGAACCAAAAUUCACAACUCUGAUGUAUUAAAGAUUUGUUUGGAUCAAACUGUUUCAUUUUUGGUCUGUGCUCUGAGGUAUUAAAGAUUGAUUUUCCA